UUUUUCUACACUUCCUGCUUCCUCCAUGACUGUUUUGAAGCAGCAUUCCCGUCUGAAAGCUGAUCGGUAGGAAUCGUUAAACGUGGCAAUGGUGUGAAGGUACGCGAUCGGUGGCUUGGUGUGUGAUUCUGAGUGAAGUCUGAGCUGUGAUCACUGUCAGCCAUGCAGUUCUCUCCCACUAACGGAGAUUUUACCUUCGUCUCAUCGACAGACGCUGCAGAACUCAGCGGUACCAUAGAUGCUCCGGAUAUCACACUGAAUAUGGGCCCUGAUUCCACCAAGGAUUCUUAUGCCACCGCCUUCCUGAGGCAGAGGGGAUAUGGUUGGUUGCUGGAGGUGGAAGAAGAUGAUUCAGAGGACUCUAAACCACUCCUGCAAGAGUUGGACAUAGAUUUGAAGGACAUCUACUACAAGAUUAGGUGUGUGUUGAUGCCCAUGCCCUCACUGGGAUUUAACAGACAGGUGGUGAGGGACAACCCUGACUUCUGGGGCCCACUGGCUGUUGUCCUGCUUUUUUCCAUGAUCUCCAUCUAUGGACAGUUCAGGGUUGUUUCCUGGAUUAUUACGAUUUGGAUAUUUGGAUCUCUGACGAUUUUCCUCCUCGCAAGAGUCCUGGGUGGAGAGGUGUCUUAUGGACAAGUCCUUGGAGUGAUUGGAUAUUCAUUGCUUCCACUCAUUGUAAUAGCUCCACUUCUCCUGGUCAUUGGGGGCUUUGAAGUCGUCUCUACACUUAUAAAGCUUUUUGGAGUGUUCUGGGCUGCGUACAGUGCUGCAUCUUUACUCGUGGGUGAUGAAUUCAAAACAAAGAAACCCCUCCUCAUAUAUCCCAUCUUCCUUUUGUACAUCUACUUCCUGUCCCUGUAUACUGGAGUCUGAUUUGACCACAGGCUUUGAUUGGCUCGUUCCUUGGACAUUGACAAAGAACACUGUGGAGCUGUACACAGCGGGGAAAUUCCAUGAAGACCAACAAGGAGUUUGUAGGGUUUUAUUUUUAUUUUUUACCCUGUUUAUAGUCCUAUAUGCUUUUGGGAAUGAGGUUUACAGACAGUAUAUUUAACUGCCUACAUUUAUUUUGUGCACAAUAAAAAGCUACAUCUUGUACUGUGGAAACCCUGCUUUGAGAGAUUCCUCUGCCACAGAAAUCUGAAGCCCUUGUUUUACAUGAAAUUUAGAAACCCUAAAAGGAAAAUAAAAAUGACAACAAGCAAGGCAUUUUUUCAACUUUUAAAUUUUUAGACUCUGGUAAGCUUGACGGUUAUUUAACAGACAUUUUCUUCGUGUCACCAAAUCUAAUGGUUUAAACAUUUAUAACCAGCUGAAGGUAUUCUUUUGACCCAGUGCUUUUUCUAACAGUUCACAAAAUCAUUCAUCUUAUCAGUUCUAAUUUUUAAUUUAUGAAAUCCAUUUGGAAAAAGAGUAUAUAGGCAGGACAGUUUGCAUUAAAAACGUCUGCUACGUAUGGGUGCCUUGAAUUUGUUUUAUAUGACUGUGGUGUAUUUUAUUUAUGUACAAGUAGCCAAAAGGAAAGGAAUUUUUAUUUGUAGAACAUGCAAUUCAAAACAACUUUCUACCUGCUGAUGUGUACACAGCAGAAAAAAAUGUUAGUUUAGCUCUAAUUGAGUCUAAUUGAAAUGUAAUAUAUAAUAUUCAUACAUCAUGAAUCAAAUUAAACGCUAUUGACUCUGUAA